AAUAAUGGCUUAUUUGGGAACCGUACAAGGCAGCAGAAACCCAAUGAAAAAGGAGCUUGUAUAAUUGUAUUGACUUAUGACCUUCUCUUCUUCUCCCUUUCUUCUCCCUUCAAUAUAACCGCUCAGUACUUUCUUAACCACUAAGCUAAAAUCGAACUUCAAGUCAAAAGAAAAUACAAAUGGAUAUUCAAACUAUUCAUUCAAUCUUAGCAAAAUCACUCACCAUUCUUGCCUGGCCUCCAUUUAGUUUGCUUUGUCCCUUAUAUGCUUCUUUUAGGGCAUUGGAGAGUGAUUGUCGUUCCAGUAAUCAGCGAUGUCUUGCUUUUUGGGUUCUUUUUUCUUUCUCUAUGAUCAUGGAAUCUCAGUUUCCACUCUUAUUUAACUGGUUCCAAUGGUGGCGUCAUGUGAAAGCCGUCACAACUCUCCUGUUGUUAAUACCUUAUUUUGGUGCUGCGCCGUACUUCUACAAGCUCUUAGUUAAAUAUUACUCUACGAGGUACAUAUUUGCAUGGACGAUGAAUAUCUUCAAUCUGAAAAUCACACAAUUUGAAUUGGAUGAGGACAGAGAAACUCUUUCAGAAUUGGACGAGGACAGAGAAAUAUUUUAUGACGCGGUUGGUGAUAGCAAAAUAGUUGAGAUCUCUGGUCAGACAAUUAUUACAAAUCAUUUUCAAGAGAAGAAACUCUUCAUAUAUCAGGGAAGAGAGGGUCUUACUGGUUGUGAAAACACGAAAAUCGGUUAUACAAAUCGAAAGAAAGUCCAGAAGGAAUGGAGCUGUGCUUUAUGUCAAAUUAGUACUACAAGUGAAAAUUGCUUAAGGUCACAUCUUCAAGGGAAGCAACACAAGACUAAGGAAAACGAGCUUCGGGUCGAGUUACAUGCAACAGAUAUACCGCACGUGCUACCCUUUACGCAGGAAAGAAUCAAAGGAAUGGUUCUACUUAGGAAUCUCAACAAAAUUGCAAACAUUCUGAAUCCUGUUUCGAGAUCCGUAGUGUGGUGUGAAUGGAAAAAGCCGGAAUUUGGAUGGACAAAACUGAACACCGACGGUUCUGUAAAUAAAGAAACCGCUGGUUUUGGUGGUCUGCUUCGUGAUUACCGGGGCGAACCAAUUUGCGCAUUUGUCUCGAAAGCUCCUCGAGGAGAUAUUUUCUUGGUUGAACUUUGGGCUAUAUGGAGAGGCCUUGUUCUCUCCUUUGGUCUUGGGAUUAAAUCAAUAUGGGUGGAAUCAGAUUCCGCAAGUGUUGUCAAUACAAUCAAUAGAAUCCAACAUUGUCCAAAGGCUGAAACAUGUUUGAAACAAAUCUGGAAACUUUUGAGUAAGUUUGACAAGUAUCGGAUUUCUCACUCGUGGCGCGAAACUAAUAGAGCUGCAGAUCAUCUUGCAAAGAUGGCUCUUUGUGGAAACGAUGUGGUUUUGUGGCCGGUUGAUUUUUCAGAUAGCCUUUGUAAUAUCAUUCAAGAAGAUGCUAGAGGAACCAAAUAUAUGAGACGAUGAUUCGAAUAUCCGAGUAUUUAAGUUGAGUUUGUGGUUGCUGUCUAAAUGGAUUGGUGGAGAAGGUAAGAUUCAAAUCGGUAUUCGAAAACUGUAGUUAGAAAUUGAUGCUAUAGCUUGAACUAAGUAAUGUCAUGUUCAGAAGUAUAGCUUGUAAUGUAAGUAUAGAUGACAUAUGUGUUUGAAACUUAUGUUCAUGAAAACAUAUUUUGAAGCUUUUUGUAGUCUUGCUUUUCAUUUAUGUUAUGAGCGCAGAAUUGGAGUUUA